AUGAGCGCCGAUGCGAAAGACGGCGGAGGUGGAGGUGGUGGAGGCGGUGAGGGCGGCGGUGGCGGCGGUUGUGGAGGCCCCAGGAUGCGGCACCUGCUACUGUUCCUCGUCCUGGGAGCGACUCUCGCCCCGGGCACGCGGUCCGAGCGCGUAAGAUACUUGGAGGUCUCGGAGAACGCUCGACCGGGGACCAGGGUGGGUUUCAUCGACGCCGAUAGUCCGCCGUACUUGAUCGUAUCGGUUUCCGGGUCAGCGGUCGAUUCGGACUUGAUAGUGGAUCACGCGACAGGCGAGAUAAGGACAAAAGUGCCGUUGGAUCGGGAAACCAGACCGUCCUACAGCUUGGUCGCUCUGCCGCAGAACAUUCAAGUGGUGGUGAAGGUUCUCGACGAGAACGACAACGCGCCGACCUUUCCCGUCGACCACGUGGACGUCGAGUUCCCGGAAAAUUCGCCGCGCGACGCGAAACGCGCGCUGCCACCCGCCAAGGACCCGGAUCUCGGCCAGUACUCGACGCAACGAUACGAGAUCGUGUCCGGCAACCACGGAGACGCGUUCAGGUUGUCCCAGCAUCGUGGCCGCGACGGCGUGCUCUACCUGGAUCUACAGAAUUCCGGUUCCCUGGAUCGCGAGGCUCGAUCGCGUUAUCACUUGGCGAUAGAGGCGUUGGACGGAGGCGCGCCACCGCUUCGUUCGAGACUGCACGUGAACGUGACCGUGCAGGAUGUCAACGACAACCCGCCGAUUUUCAAUCAGACGAGGUACGCGGCCAGCGUGCCGGAGAACGCGACCGUCGGAACGCCGUCCGACCGGGAGGAGAUGUUUCGCAUCGAUCCGGAGACCGGUAUGGUGUACGUGAACAAGGCGUUGGACUUUGAAUCGAAGGAAAGGCACGAGCUGGUGAUCGUUGCGAGGGACCGUGGCGCUCAGCCUCUCGAGGCGAGCGCGUUUCUAUCGGUCCGCGUGACCGACGUGAACGACAAUCAACCCGCGAUCACCGUCAUCUUCCUGUCGGACGACGCGACGCCCAAGAUCAGCGAGAGCGCGCAGCCGGGCGAGUUCGUCGCCAGGAUAUCGGUCAGCGAUCCGGACUCCAGGACCGAGUAUUCCAACGCUACCGUCACGUUGACCGGCGGCGAGGGACACUUUGGCCUGGCCACCAGGGACAACAUCAUAUACCUGGUCGUGGUGGAGCGACCGCUCGAUCGCGAGGAGAAACCCGUCUACGAUCUAUCGGUCGAGGCCACCGACGCCGGUACCCCUCCGUUGCGAGCCGUUCGAACCUUUCGGUUACUCGUCACCGACGUCAACGACAACGCGCCGAAAUUCGCGCGUGACAGAUACGAGGCUCACUUGCUGGAGGACUCGGAAUCGGGUACACCGGUGUUGAAGGUGACCGCGACGGAUCUCGACGAAGGUGCCAAUUCCGCCAUCAAAUACUCUCUGCUCAAUUCCACGUGGUUCGUCAUCGACGAAGCCUCUGGUCUCAUUUCCACGCGAACUCACGUGGACUGCGAGGCUGAUCCCGCGCCGGUGCUCGUAGUGAUCGCGACCGAUUCGGGUCGUCCGCCGUUGAGUAGCAACGCGACAGUGCGCGUCACCGUGCACGACCUCAACGACAACGAGCCGAUCUUCGAGAAGCCGCUGUACAACGCCACCGUACCGGAGGAUAUGCCCGUGGGACGCUGCUUUCUCAAGUGGGUGGUGAGCUACGAGACGAUCGCGCGGCCGUUCGUCCUCGCGAUUUCCGUCAAGCCUGCAGAUCUUUGCGGCAGCUACCUCACGGUGUUUCGCGGCUUAACAAGAACGACCGUGAAGAGGAAGUCGCAUACCGAUGAAUACGACGACGACGACGACUGA